AUGUCAGGAGGCGCUAGCGAUCUUCCUCAGGAUCUUCUGUCGCUCGUUGCGGAUGAGCUAGGACUCAUCGAUCUUCUCAGCUUCCGUGCCGUUUGCAGGAAUUGGCGCUCUGCUUCCACAUGGUCCACAGCUGCGGUUGAAUCCAUGCACGGGUAUCCAUGGUUGCUCAUCUAUGGCGAAGACUCUCCUAUCUGUAUCUUGCAAAGCAGAGGCAACAUGGGGAUUACUUACAAACUCAGAUUUGAGGAAUUGGAUGGAGCAAUUUGCAUGGCAUCUAUUGAAGGGUGGUUACUUCUAUUCAAUAAGGGGUCCAUGUUUUUCUUCUGUCCUUUCUCCAGAACAAGAAUCGAUCUUCCAAACUAUCAUUUAUCGGAGCUACCGGAAUCAUACGUGGCAACUUUUUCUUCUGCUCCUACUCGCCACGAUUGCAUUGUGGCUGUAGCCACCAAGAACAAUGCUAAAAGUAGCAGCAAAUUGGAGGUACGGUUGCUUUUCCGAGGCUAUAAAGAAUGGUUGGAGUAUGAAUAUGAAACGUGUUCUGGUGAACUUGAUAUGGCUAUUUAUCACAAUGGGGUUUUUCAUAUUUUUCAUGAUUCAUCUAAAUUACUCACAUUUAUUUCGGUUGAUGGAGAGGUGACAUGGAAAGUAUAUCUUCUGCUGACUGUUUCUAAAAGUACGGAAUCUAAAUGUGAUGAAUCGUGGUUAGCUGAUAAGAAACCAGUUAAGUAUAUAACAUGGAAGAUGGAAAAAGUUUUACUGUCUUUUAUCAAUCGAAUGAAGAACAAUUUUGGAUCAGAUUCGUCUUCUAUUACUUGGUCUAUUUCUACAUGUGGAACUAAAUUUGGAGUACAAAAUGAUCCUACUCAGUGCGGCGUAAUUUACAAAGAGAAGAAAGUAUUCCCUCCUCUAGAUCCACAAGAAGGAUGUGAUAGCCGCACCUGUAACUUGAAAGCAGUAUGGAUUCAACCUAGAUACUUUCAAGUAUCUCCUCAUCAAACUUGGUGA